CAACAUCAAGGUUCAACUUACUUUAAGGGAUCUCAUCCGCUAAGAACUCCAUGUUAAGAAUACUCGCAUGAGAGAAGUCUUAGGAUGGCAACCCCCUAGAAGAUUCAUAGGGUGCACACGAGUGAGGAUAAAUUGUGUAGUAAAAACUCAUGUUAGCUUGUCAGGACAGUACUAGAUUUGAAGAUCAUCCUAGAUUGCGAUAGUGCUUCUUGAGAUCUACAUGUAUGUUUUCAAUCCGGGUGACUAGUAUUAGGUUUUCGAUGAGGAAUGAGAAUCAUGGAGGACAUAAUGAGCAUCAUGGAGGACAUAAGGAGCAUCAUGGAUGAGAUGAAACAUUUGCAUGCAAUGAAAUAUUCUCCGAGUCGCACAAAACUUUGCCAACUUCCACUUUUCGGCAUUCCUAAAAAAGAGUGUUGGGCGGUGAAAUAAUGUCACAUUCAAAAGAUGAGUGUGGCAGAGAUGCGCAUGCUGCGUUGGAUGUGUGGGCAUAUUAGGAAGGACCACGUGAGGAAUGAGACAAUCAGACAAAGGGUGGGAGUAGCACCUAUUGAAGACAAGAUGCGGGAGUCGCGCCUACAGUGGUUUGGUCAUGUGCGUAGAAGAUCGAGUGAUGCACCUGUCAGACGAGCUGAGAUGUGUGGAGAAGAGGCAAAGAAGAGAGGGAGAGGAAGACCCAAACAGACGUGGGCUAGGGGAGUUCGAAGUGAUAUGCUUCUUCUGGGGUUGGAUGAAAGCAUGACUUUGGAGAGAGCUAAGUGGAGGGCGGGUAUUCUUGUGGAGGAGUGAUCUCGUAUCAUCUUUUCCCCCAUCUUUUUUCCUUGUUUUUUAUCCUUAUACAUAUAAGAAUUAUUCGUAUCCUUUUUAUUUUAUCAUUUUUAUGUAUAUUCAUCUCUUUUUAUAUUAUCUUUUU